CAUAAAUAUUAAUUAUCACGUGCGAUAUACGAAGGGGGCAGUUGGAGUAAAGAGAUUAUCCCAAAUAGUGGAAAUAGGAAGCUGGCAAGAUGAAUAUUUGUCUUCCCUUCCUUCCCUCCUUCCCUUUUCCUUCACAAGGCUCCGGAGGUGGGAUAGUGGGAUGUGGUAGUACGGUAUACGAGAAGCUGUUUAUCCGUUCCGAUUGGCUGUUGCGGCCGCUUUUCCGCAACUAGUGACCCAAGGGACGAGGCUGAGGGGCGAAGGCCCACUUGCUGCGAUGGAACGUUGUGAGUAAACACGAAUCAACACGACCAACAACCACUGAAAAGAGUCCACUAUCAACCCGUGCCUUCUCCAUUCUCCAUUUCUAACUCGGCCUAAGCAACACCGACGGUUUCCGCAAAACAAUUACUUAACCAUACAGCCUGAUCAAAUAUGGCGGCAGGCCAGAAGUUAUAUCCAAGAGCGACGCUCAAGAAGAUCGUCAAGGCUCACUCGAGGAAGAACGUGAGCAAGAAUGCUGAUGUGCUGGUCUUUCUCGACUACGCGCUCUUCUUACAAACGUUGAUGAAGGAAGCCGGCAUCAAUGCGAAACAGGCAGGCGAUCGCGGCAUCACAGCAAAGAACGUGAAGAAGGUCACAGAGUCGACGCUGCACAAAUUCAAGGGCUGAGACGCUGCACGCGACAGAGACAACGUGGUGGAAACGGAGUGGAGGGGCAUGACUAUUACGGGGACAAUGGAUUGAAGGGAAGAUGGCGUUCAGGAGGCGAAAAGAUACCCAGGCAUUGAAAGGAACCAGCAUAGACUGGAUGUUGUUUACGACAGAAAUUAUGAUAGAUUAGUUAUUGGCACACCAUUUUGGUACAGCUUCCCACAAUUCGCCACCGUUGGCCUCCAUCGAUGACAUGGCAAGGUACACACGUCUAACAACGCGAUAUAAUCCGUAAACGUCAGGAACAACGUGUUGAAAUAAUAUAUAUUAAUGUAAAAUAAUAGCUAUAUCAAAUAUAUCACAUUUAUUUAUCCA